AUCCCGGUGAUGAUGACGACGAUGACGCUGAUCCGCCGCCGCCGCCCAUAAAGGGCCCGCGGGUCGGCGGAGCAGGCACCCGCCGCAGGGAGGAGGCUGAGGCAGGGAAGGCGGAGGCAGCCGGGAAGGAAGCAGCAGGAGCAGCGGGGCGCCCAAUCCCGGAAGGCGGAAGGUGCUGCGUGGGAUCAGGGCCAUUCCUUGGAGACAGACUGCUCCCGCCUCCCUCCCCUGACCCCAUGCUCCCCCCUUGGGAGCCCCGGGGCCUCCUCUAAGGAGCCCCCCUCCCUCCCUGCCAUUUCCUCCUUCCCCCCUGCCGGUGCCCAUGGAUCUGUGGCCCCCCUGGCUGCUGUGGUGGUGCACUCUCAUGGCCGCCCUGGGCAGAGGCACCCCCCAGGGUCCCCCUCGCGUCUAUACCAACACCUGGGCCGUGAGGGUCCCGGCGGGGCCCCAGGAGGCCCAGCGUAUUGCCAGGAAACAUGGCUUCCUCCACGGGGGACAGAUCAUUGGAGACUAUUACCACUUCUCUCACCGGGCCGUGGCUAAGCGCUCCCUCUCCCCACACCGGUCCUGGCACAGUGCAUUGGCCAGAGAGCCACAGGUACACUGGCUGGAACAGCAGGUGGCCAAGCGCCGGAGCAAACGGGAUGCCUUCCUGGAGCCUACAGACCCAAAGUUCCCUCAGCAAUGGUACCUGUCCAACCCCAACCAGAGGGACCUGAAUGUGCAGGAGGCCUGGCAGCAGGGCUACACUGGGCGUGGCGUUGUGGUCUCCAUCUUGGACGAUGGCAUUGAGAAGAACCACCCGGACCUCGAAGCCAAUUAUGAUCCAGCCGCCAGUUAUGACGUGAAUGACCAGGACUCAGACCCGCAGCCUCGCUACACCCAGAUGAAUGACAACAGGCACGGCACUCGGUGUGCAGGGGAAGUUGCCGCAGUGGCAAACAAUGGCAUCUGUGGUGUAGGUGUAGCUUACAAUGCCAAGAUCGGAGGUGUUCGCAUGCUGGAUGGAGAGGUAACGGACGCCGUGGAAGCCCGAUCCUUGGGUCUCAACCCCAACCACAUCCACAUCUACAGUGCUAGCUGGGGCCCCGAGGAUGACGGGAAGACAGUGGAUGGCCCAGCCCGGCUGGCUGAAGAGGCUUUUUACCGGGGAGUCAGCCAGGGCCGCAACGGUCUGGGCUCCAUCUUUGUUUGGGCCUCAGGGAACGGCGGCCGGGAGCACGACAGCUGCAACUGCGACGGCUACACCAACAGCAUCUACACGCUCUCCAUUAGCAGCACCACCCAGUACGGCAAUGUGCCCUGGUACAGCGAGGCCUGCUCCUCCACCCUAGCCACCACCUACAGCAGCGGCAGCCAGAACGAGAAGCAGAUUGUGACGACUGACCUGCGCCAGAAAUGCACCGAAUCGCACACUGGCACCUCCGCUUCUGCCCCACUUGCUGCGGGCAUCAUUGCCCUUGCUCUGGAGGCCAACAAGAACCUCACCUGGCGCGACAUGCAGCACCUAGUGGUGCAGACCUCCAAGCCGGCCCACCUGAACACCAACGACUGGGCCACCAACGGUGUGGGGCGGAAAGUCAGCCACUCCUACGGCUAUGGACUCUUGGACGCCGGCGCCAUGGUGGCCCUGGCCAAGAACUGGACCUCAGUUGGGCCUCAGCGGAAGUGCAUAAUUGACAUCCUGACGGAGCCCAGGGAUAUCGGGAAGCGGCUGGAGGUGCGCCAGAAGGUGGAUGCCUGCCGAGGGAAGGCCAGCGCCGUUGGGCAGCUGGAGCAUGUCCAGGCCCGCCUGACCCUCUCUUACAACCGCCGGGGGGACCUGGCUAUCCACCUGGUGAGCCCCAUGGGCACCCGGUCCACCCUGCUGGCUGCCAGGCCCCACGACUAUUCUGCUGACGGCUUCAACGACUGGGCCUUCAUGAGCACCCACUCCUGGGAUGAGGAUCCUGCAGGGGAGUGGGUUCUGGAAAUAGAGAACACCAGCGAAGCCAAUAAUUAUGGAACCCUCACCAAGUUCACGCUGGUCCUGUACGGGACGGCUACGGAGCCCCCGGGCCUCUCCAACCAGUUUGAGAGCAGCGGCUGCAAAACCCUUGCGACCGGUCAGGCCUGUGUGGUGUGCGAAGAGGGCUUCUUCCUCCACCAGAAGAGCUGCCUGAAGGCCUGCCCACCCGGCUUUGCUCCGGGUCCACCACCUCCAACGGCCCCCCUGGAGAACAGCCUGGGCCCCCACCUGCGACCGCUGCUCUGCCUGCCCUGCCACCCCUCCUGCGCCACCUGCCUGGGGCCCGGGGCCACCCAGUGCCUCUCCUGCCCAGUGCACGCCCAUUACAACAGCCAGGAGCAGAGCUGCUCUCACCAGACCCAGAGCAGCCGAGCCUCUCCUGCAUUGGGAGCCAAUGGCGAAGGCGGGGCGUCGGCAUCCCUGGCUGGAGGGAACUCCAACCUCCCGGUCCUGGUGGCCAGCCUGAGCUGCUUCUUCAUCGUCCUGGUCUUCGUCACGGUCUUCCUGGUGCUGCAGCUGCGCUCCGGCCUGCGCCUGCGUGGGGUCAAGGUCUACUCGCUGGAGAGCGGCGGCAUCAUCGCCUACAAGGGCCUGCCUUCGGACGCCUGGCUGGAGGAAGAGGAGGAGGAGGAGAACGACGACCACCGGGGCGGCGAGCGGACUGCCUUCAUCAGAGACCAAAGUGCCCUUUGAUGAGCCCGCACCCCCUGGAGCGUCAGGGGCAGGAAGAGGAAGGCGGGGACGGAGCUGUGCGGACGGAGUCUCUUCCCCCGCGGCCCUUGGCUCCCCUUCACUCUUCCACGAGAGAGCUGGACUUGGGUCCAGUUAGCGGAGGGGUGGCACUCUCGCUUCCUGGCUCUGGUUUGAACUCGCCAAAGUGAUUUUUCUACACAGAACCAGUUUGCCCCACUGCUGGUGGUAGCGAUGGGGUGGAGGCGGGGCCGAGGAAGUCCCUCCUCCUUCCAUGGCCCCUGCCCCACUAUUGGCAUUGGCCAAGCCCCCUCCUUCCCUCUGCGCCAGCCUUGUACCAGGCAGCCUGAGGGGCCCCCUCUUUCGGAGGCCCCUUCCCAGCCUUCUCCUUGCCUCGCCAGACUUGCCCUGUGCAAUAGAGUGGGGCUCCUCUUCAAGGGGCUUCGGGAGGGAGGAAGGGUGGGGGCCACGGAGCCUUUCCACUGCCUCCUGUUGUGCCGCCGCUGCCGCUGCCGCCACUACUGCUGCUGCUAGGGGCCUUCCUUCUUCCCUCCCUCCCUCCCUCACUCUGUCGUUGCUGCCUCUCCUCCAAGGACGACGACAACAACAACAUGGCCGCUCGCUUGCCCCCGAGCUGCCCCUUCCCCAGUGCCCCCUGGAUCCACCCAAAGUCACUGGAGCUUCCACCUGUCCUCAUGUGCCUUGUUGCCCCCUCCUCUCGGAUGACAAUCGGAUGUGGUCCUGGCGCCUGACCGCUUGACCGCCCGCCCGCCUUCCUUCCCCAUCCCGCCGGUGCCCCUCCCUCCCUCCUCUCCUCCCUCCCUCCCUUCUGUGGGGCAGGAGGGGGGGCACCUGAGGGAGGGGAGUUGGGAGGGAGGGCGGGAAGGGGGUCGGGGCAGAACGGGCUGUGGCCCAGGACUCCUUUUUCUAUAAUAACUCUUUUGGUGCACAAAUUAUUUCUUGUAAUUUAAAACAAGGAGCCAAUUCCUGUGGCCAGUGUUUUUUUAAUUUAAUGGAUGUGGAUAUAACGCUAGAGAGAUUAAAAGUUUAUUAAAUGUUGGAACUAUGCAAAA